AAAGACUACCUGAUAGAAGGCAGUAGAUUUGUUGAAUAAGGAGAUAAAUAUUCUACAUUUACAAUAACCUUGUGGGCCGGAUAAAUUAACAAGUGAUUAUGUCUGUGCCUGGUAAAAAGGCAUCUCAAAAACUGUUAUCUACACUUUUUCGAGGUGGUGCUGAAGAUUUUGACAUAUUCUGUGAACAAUGUGACAGAGAUGACAUCAGACUACCUGCCUUUGGUUACUGUGUCGACUGUGAGGAACAUUUAUGUAAAACUUGCUUUAACACUCACACACGACCAAAACCACUACGACAUCACCAACUUCUAGAUAAAGAUCACAUGCCACAGAAACAAGAUCUACAAAUAUCAUAUAAAUUUAAAUCUGGUGGACAUGCUUGUGAACUUUUCAAGCCUUGUAACAAACACACAAAAGAAGUGAUCAAGUUCUACUGUCAUGACCAUAAUACACUUAUAUGUAGUGUUUGUGUGACCCUUGAACACACACCAAUUUCCUGCCAUGUCGACUACAUACCUGAUAUAUCCGGACAGACUUUAGACAGCAUUGAGUUCACAGAAACUCUUAGAGAUAUUGACAAACUAACAGACAAAUGUUGCCAGAUUACAACCAAUAUAAAACAAAGAGUUGCUAAAUCAACAGCUUCACUGAAAGAUGCUAUAGCAGAGAUAGAGAACUUUAGAAAAGAGAUAAGCAAAAGAUUAGAUGAACUAGAAAUGACGGUUAAAGAUAAUGCAACAAAAAUCCAACAGGACAACAAUUACAAGUUAAAAACAACAGAAACAACAUGUGAUGACAUCAAAAAAUCACUCCAAGCAUCAGCUGAUACUCUAAAACAACUCAACACAAACAAGAAAUCUGACCAACUGUUUACUGAAUUGAAAAUAGCUCAGCAACUGAUAAUACACAAUGUUAAUAUCACUACACAACUACAAACAACCAAUGAUGUUGAUGAAUUCAAUUUUGAGUCCAAUCAAGCAAUCAGAAAUCUCCUUCAGAAUGAAACAUUAUUAGGAACAUUGAUAAAAAAGGAACUAAGAAAACCCGCUGAACCAAAGAAUAAGAUUACGCCUAGAAAAAUCAGUGCUAAAACAUCCUCUGAUAGAAAUGAUUGCUGGAUAAAUGGUAUAACUGUCUCUCAUCAGAACCAAUUAUUUGUAGCAGAUUACAAAAAUAAAUCAAUUAAAAUGAUUGACAGAAAAAGUGGAGAAAUCAAACAAUUACAACUCCAAACAAAUCCCUGGGAUAUCACCAUGGUGACCAGAGAUACACUUGCUGUUACAUUACCAGACAUUUACACAAUACAAUUCAUUUCCUUCUCCUCAAAGUCUCUCUCAUUGAAAAGCAAUCUGAAAGUAGAUGGAGAGUGCCAUGGAAUAAGCCAUCAUCAGGGGAAACAUGCAGUAACAUUUUUAUAUCCUGCUAAACUCCAAAUUAUGAACUUGAAAGGUAAUAUUAAAAUUACAGUUGAGAAAGAUUCCAAUGCUGAUAGUAUUUUUAGUUUACCGUAUCAUGUCACCACAAACAGCCAUUCAAUCUAUGUAUCUGAUAAAGGCAAAAAAGAAGUUAUAUGGUUCAAUUGGCAGGGUGAGAUGAUGGGAAGGAAUGUAGACAUUGAAAGUCCAAGAGGUAUUUCACUGAUAGACGAAGGGUCCCUAUUCGUGAGUGACAACUUUACUAAUUGCAUAUUUAGAGUAAGUGGUGACUGUAAAAACAGGAUAACUAUAUUGGAGGAUGUAGAUAGUCCUGAAGCUAUAUGUUGGUGCGCUGAAACCAGUACACUUUGUGUAUGUACAAAUAAAGCGUUCUAUCCUGAGAGAAACCAUCAUAUAAAACUGUAUAAAAAUGUGUAGAACAAAAAGAUGACAAUUGAUGCAAAGCGAGAUCAAAUGAAUAAAAUACAAGCAUAAAUUUCACACUAUGUACAAUAUCAUCAUAUUUUUAGACUUA